AUGGACUUUAACCUCACACCGCAACUGAACGGACUGCAAGGCUACCAGUACCCUGACCCAUUUUCUUAUAAUCCAGCAGGUCCAAUGCAACCAGACUCACCAAUCACCGCUUGGAGAAAUGAAUGUACAUCUGAUGAAAAUCCAAUCAUGUCCACCACGCUCCCUCAAACACAGGAAUCAAGCUUGCCAUCUUCAUUUUCAAAUAAUGCUAAUUUGUUCCCCGCACACGAUCUGUCAUUUACACAUGUAACUCCGUUACUUUCUCUUCACCAGCCUUUCCUGCCAGUCCCUUCACUCCAACCCUCUCUCCCACUCUCUUUACCCUGCCCUGCCCUGCCACUCUCAUCACCCUCUCUGCCGCUCUCGUUACCACAGCCUGCCCUGCCGCUCUCAUUAGCCCAGCCUGCCUUGCCACUCUCGUUACCCCCGCUCUCAUUACCCCAGCCUGCCUUGCUGCUCUUGUUACCCCAGCCCGCCCUGCCACUCUCGUUACCCCAGCCUGCCUUACCACUUGAAGCUGACCAGGAUGCAUUGGUGCCUAAUUUGGAGCCAUUGAUGUCCUCGGAACAGAUAGUUAGAACCAAGGCUAGGCGCUCGGGACGUCCUUCAGCUCGAGCAAAGGAAGUGAAUGAGAUGGGAAAUGUAGUGCCAAAGAAGAAGCGAAACUCUGAACAGCCCAGUGCUUUGGAGUUGAGGAAAAAAACUCGUAAGUGA